AUGGCGUCUACGUGCGCUUCCGCGCCCUCUCGCUCGGCGUCCUCUCGCUCGACGAGAGCAUCGAUCGAUCGUCGACGUCGUCGCGCUCGACGCUUCGCGUUCGUUCAUCGCCGCAACGCCGUCUCGGUCGAGGCAUCGCCCGAUGGGACGUCCUUGGAGCGCGUCCUCGAGGCGGCUGUGCGAGCGGCGAAGGAGGGUGGGACCGUCAUGGCUCGCAAGGUCGGCGCGGAAGUCAUAAAAACCAAGGCCAACGCUCGAGACUUGCUCACAGAGGUGGACGGGGAGGUGCAACGAAUCAUCGAGGCAAAGGUAGCCGAGGAGUUCCCACACCACGGUUUUCUGGGCGAAGAAAGCGUCGCGGCCGGUAAAGAUGCGAGCGCGGAUGCGCUCAGGGAGGUGUUGGAGACGGGACCGGAGUGGCUGUGGGUCGUCGAUCCUAUCGACGGCACGACAAAUUUCGUGCACGGCUUGCCGUUAUCGGCGAUCUCCAUCGGAGUGGCUUACAAAGGGGAACUGCAAGUGGCGGUAAUUAUGGAUCCGUUUCGCGACGAAUGCUUCACGGCUGUCCUCGGUGGUGGUGCGAAAUUAAAUGGCACUCCCAUAAAGGUGGGCGAGGAGGCCACCGCCUUGGAAGCAGUCGUCGUGACCGGAUACGCGCCCACGGACGCGUCGACUGAGGUUAUGCUCAAGGGGAUGACAGCUUUGGCCACUUUACCGGUCCGGACGAUCCGUAUGUUCGGAAGCGCGGCUAUCAUGCUCGCGUGGGUGGCUUGUGGAAGAGUCACGGCCUAUUUCGAGGCCGAUCUAAACAGCUGGGACACCGCCGCGGGAGCAUUGUUGAUUAGAGAAGCGGGCGGUCGCAUGACAAACCUCGUCGGAGAGGAAUAUGACCUCACUGUCAGGCCGAUUUUGGCUAGCAACGGCGCGACUCACGACGAGCUACUGCGUUGUCUCAUGUCUACUCAGCGGUGUUGA